GGGGGAGGGAAGGGGUGUAAAGGGCGGGGCAGGUAGGGGGGCAUAAAAGUGGACGGACGAGAUGACGGCUAUUAUUGUGGUAAUUAUUGCGAUUAUAUUAGUAUUACUGCAAUGUAAAAAAACGAGGAGAGGGCUUGCAAAACGAAACCUUCGGGCGAGCGCAAUUCAAUGCAGGCCAGCGGAACAGCGUGCUCCCCCCCAAUUUAACCCCAGCCCAAGGGUGAACAUCGAUGCCCGAAGCCCAACGGGACAGAAACACACAGGAAACACGUCCCUCGUCACAAGAUUAGUAGGCCAGGUCCCUACCCUAGCCUGCUAACAUGGCAGCGAGGGUGCUGUAAUGUAAGGAUUUUGCUACUGUCGUUCGUGUGAGUGCGGUACUACCUGUGGGUGCGUGGCAGCGGAACCGGCGCGGAUUAUUGUGGGCAGGG